GAGCUGAGCCAAGGCUGGAGUCGGGCUGGAGGUUAAGGGCUGGUUUAUCCCGGCGUGCUUUGGUUUAUCGUGCUGCGCUUAGGUGGAAAUUCUCGCUUGAUCCUCCCCGCCUGACUCAAGUCGGCAGCAUGUCUCAGGCUGAAUUUGACCGAGCUGCAGAAGAAGUCAAAAAUCUGAAGUCCAGACCAGAUGACCAGGAGAUGCUGUUUAUCUAUAGCCACUAUAAACAAGCCACAGUUGGAGAUGUAAAUACAGAUCGUCCGGGUAUGUUGGACUUCAAAGGCAAGGCUAAGUGGGAUGCCUGGAACUCUUUGAAAGGGAAAUCCAAAGAAGAUUCCAUGAAAGCUUAUAUUGCAAAAGUAGAAGAACUAAAAGGAAAAUACGGAAUAUAAAAGAAACUGGAUUCAGACAUCAGCCAUGCAUUUGGAAACUAAACUAAAAUAAUACUUUGAUUUCCUAAUCCUGUGAUCAAAGUCAAAACCGUGUAAAUAAUGUUCAACAGUAACAGUUGGCAUGGCUCCUCUAGGCCCAUCAGGUUACACAGCUGUUGAAUUGGAGAGCGAUGCAGUUAUUAAUCUCUGCUCAGUAGCUUUCUUUAAUCUGUCAAUCAAUAAAGUGCAUUUGUUACUUUAA